UUUUCAAUCUGUGGUUCCCAUCCCUCUCUAUCUCUCCACAGAUCGAAGAAAGCAGAGAGAGAGUUUUUUUUUUUUUUUUUUUUAAAAAAGAUGGAGCUUGAAUCCAUCACCGCUAGACGCAGGCUCGCUACCGUCGCCGCUCACUUUCCGGCAAGUAUUAACGAUCCCGUCUCCACCGCACCUCUCGUCCCCUUGAAUUGCAGCAGCAGUUUGAAUUCUGUCAUCAGAAGAUAUGACAACAAAAUCUCUUUUGCCCGGCAAGCAUCUUCCGAACAGGGCUUUUUUAUGAGGCAGGCUUCGACCGACGAGCCUCAGAAUGGUGGCAUCAGUUUGAAGAACUCUGUCAUUAGAAGAGGUGACAACAGGAUGAAUUUUGCUCGGCAAGCAUCUUCUGCACAAGGUUUUUUUAUGAGACAGGCUUCUUCAACUGAUGAGAGGACCAUACCACAGGACACUGCGUCUACCAAGUGCUCUGCCGCCAAAACGAAUGGCUUCCUUUCUUCUAUAGUUUCCAAACCUGAGUACGCCCCACCACAGUUUUCCAAGGCCGCAAAAGAAAAGUUCGCUUCUUCUUCUGAUUCUUCACUAAAUCAGGAAAAGGACAACUGGAAAAAGCCAUCUAAGGCCGACCUUCCUAAGUUAGCCAAUUUAGGGACUGUUUGGUCUCCAAGAUCUAAUGUUGCAGAAUUCGAACACAACUAUGUUGUGGCGGUAGAGCUACCAGGGGCCAGUAUCAAUGAUAUAAGGGUGGAGGUUGACAACACAGACUUGACUGUGACAGGGAGGCGCACAUCUAUCUGUCAAAAAGUUGAUGCAUGCACCAAAGAUUCAGUCUUUGGAUACCACAAGCAAGAAAUACUACAAGGACCAUUCAAAGUUUCCUGGCCACUCCCCAGCAAUGUGAAUAAGGAUAAUGUUUCCGCUGAAUUUAUGGAUGGGCUACUGAGGAUAGUGAUUCCAAAGCUUUGAGGGUUCAGCGUUCUGGAACCAUAUACAUACCGUAGACAAUGUGUAUAAUUAGUAUAUGCUGUUUGUGUUGAAGAAAAUAAAAAAUGGAUUGAUGAAAGAAAGAUAUGUAAAAUAGUUGUCUUUAUUUAUCACAGAUUGCAGACAGGCAUGCUCAGUUGAUAGAGUAAGCCAUGUAAACAAUCCAUAAAUAUAUUAAAAAAAAAAA